CAUGCUGAGACAUUAAAAGACAAACUGUGGAUUUAGAGACUUGAAGACAUUCAUGCUGAGACAUUAAAAGAGACAGAGACACAAUGCUGUUGGAGCCGAUCUGGAGCUUCCUGUUGGGACACUCGUCUGUCCUGACGUCCCCGGUGUUCCCCGUUGUCUUCUCGUUAGGCGUGUACUUGUCCCUCUGCUCUCCCUACCUGCUGCUGGACGUCCUGUCCGUCCACAGCGCCCGCGUGCGGCGCUACAAGCUGCAGCCCCAGGCGGCGGUGGACUGGGCGUCCCUGCGGCGCUGCGUGUCCCUGACGCUCUACAACCACCUGGUCUUCAUCUUCCCGCUCACGCUGCUGCACUGGUGCGUGGCGCCGGCGCGGUUCGGGUCCGCGGCGCCAGCGGGGACGGCGUCCGGCGUCCCCACGGCGUCCGGCGUCCCCACGGUGUCCUGCGUCCUGGUGCAGGUGCUCGCCUGUCUGCUGCUAUUUGACUUCCAGAGCUUCAUCUGGCAUCUGCUGCACCACCGUGUCCCCUGGCUCUACAGACACUUCCACAAGGUGAGACAUAUGUCUGUCUGUCUGUCUCUCUGUCUGUCUGUCUCUCUGUCUGUCUGUCUCUCUCUGUCUGUCUCUUUGUCAGUAUGUCUCUCUGUCUGUCUGUCUCUCUUUGUCAGUAUGUCUCUCUGUCUGU